AAAUUUUCUUUUAAAGUAGUAUGUGAUGAUUAGUGAAGAAAAUUAAUUAAUUGCUGAUUAGUAUAAAUAGAUGGUGCAGUUGUGAAUAAUCAAGGUGAUUAAGGGAGAGAGAUGGGACACCAUUGCUGCAGCAAACAGAAGGUGAAGAGAGGGCUUUGGUCUCCCGAAGAAGACGAAAAGCUCAUCCGACACAUCACUAGCUACGGCCACGGCUGCUGGAGUUCCGUCCCUAAACUCGCCGGGUUGCAAAGGUGUGGGAAGAGUUGUAGAUUGAGAUGGAUAAACUAUCUGCGGCCGGAUUUGAAGAGGGGGUCGUUCAACGAGCAUGAGGAGAGGACGAUCAUCGACGUCCACCGGAUUCUGGGGAACCGGUGGGCGCAGAUCGCGAAGCACCUGCCUGGAAGGACGGACAACGAGGUCAAGAACUUCUGGAACUCAUGCAUCAAGAAGAAGCUCAUAGCUCAGGGUUUGGAUCCCAACACACACAAUCUACUUUCUCUCUCCUCCUCCUCUACUAAUAAUAAAAGAGGCCUCAAUUCCACCUCAGCAUCCCACCAACAGCCUUUCACUGUUGACACCACGGCCGCAGCUGCGGCCGUGGCUCCCAUCAUCAAUGCCACGUCAUCGUUACACGACCAGUUCAGCGUUCUGAACGAGAGCAGCUGCAUUGACUGGGCUGUGGUGACGCAGCAAUUGGCAGCACUGGGACAGGAAUCUGAGCAGCAGCAGCAGCAACAACAACGACAACAACAGCAUGAGGUGGCGGCGGCGGCGGCGGCGGCGUGUGUCUACAAUUACAAGGUGGAUGAUGACGAGGACGAGGUUGUACUAAGCUCAAGUGGUGGUGAGCAGCUGCAGCAGGAUCUGUUUGACGCCACGUGUCACUUCGAUUUUCCGUUUCUGGAUUCAGCAUUUAUAGCUCCCCAAAAUUUUAACCCUAUGGUUAUGGAUGAUGCUCUUGCUUGGGACAUCGUCAAUUGAUUCAUUCAAGUUUCCCAUUUGUUGUUAUGGAAUUUAAGGACUAUUGAUUAGUCGGGCGAGGGAACACAAAAAUUUAUUCUGGUAGGGGCUAUAUAUUUUAAAAUUGGAUAUUGGAAUUUCGAGUCAGUAAAUUUUCUAUAUUCAUCG